AUGUAUGGACUCCGGCCUGAUACAAUAGGUCCAAAUUCGAAACUGCCGCCUAGCGUCUUUGCGCGCGUACAAGAGUAUUUACAGAAACAGUUACAAAACGACGAGUACCACCGUGCCCUUUCCGAAUUCACACACUUUCGAAUGCGUACAGGCGGCCCGGAAGAUUUGUACCUGGAGUUGUUUGUGAAUGCGCAGGGCAAGAAGGUCUGGAUGGAUGGUGCGGUGGCCUCUACUAAUGGGGAUUUCGAGUGGGAGGGUGUGUUACAGUGGACAGGUGAUAUAUUGAGGGUUGGUACUGAAGUGCCAUCAGUGGUUGAAGACUAG